AUGGGCCUGCUCCUGCUAAGCUUGGGUCUGAGCCUUGUCUGCGCCCAGAAGUUCGACCCCCGUGCCAUCGUGCAGCAGAACUACAACAUGGCCAGGGUCUCAGGGGUCUGGUACCUCAUCUCCAUGGCUUCAAGCGACCUGAAGCGGAUUGAGAAAGACGGUGACCUGAGGGUCUUCAUCAGGAACAUCCAGUAUCUGCAGAACGGCAGCCUGAUGUUCGACUUCCGCUUCGUGGUGCAGGGGGCGUGCGAGGAGGUGGUGGUGGUCUGUGAGAAGACAGACAGGAACGGCGAGUUCUCCAUCUCCUAUGAGGGGAAGAACAAGGUCACAGUCUUGGAAACCGACUAUUGGAACUACAUCACCUUCUACCUCCAGAACAUCAAGAACAAGACUGAGACCCGCGUGCUGGCCCUCUUCGAAACCUGCAAAAAAUACAAGCUGGACUCCCAAAACAUCAUCGAAAUGAGCAGGCAGGAUCCCUGCUACGCCAGGCGGUAG